GUUCCACUUGGAAUAAACAUUGACAAACCCCGCUAUGACCAGUCGACAUACAUUGGUCGUGCAAAACACUUUUUUAUCACCACUAACCCUCUUAAUUGCUUAAAGACAAGUAAGGAGUUGGACGAAGCAAAGUCGAUUGUUUACAAGUAUAAGGCCGGGGAGCGGAUUCCAGGCCUGACCGAAGAUCGGCUUUGGAAAGCAAAGCAAACAUAUGAUUCCGCGUUCCAUCCUGAUACUGGCGAAAAAAUGUUUAUUCUCGGUCGCAUGGCCUUUCAAGUUCCUGGAAAUAUGACUAUCACAGGAUUCCUUCUAACCUUUUAUAAGACUCCUGCAGCUGUCAUUUUCUGGCAAUGGUUUAAUCAGUCUUUCAACGCAAUUGUGAAUUACACAAAUCGGAGCGGCGAUGCCCCAAUUUCUACAACACGAUUGGGCGUCUCAUACGUGUUAGCUACUGCGGGUGCAGUUACAAGUGCGCUGGCGAUCAAUAAGCAAGUCUGGGUAAUCUCUCAUUCCAUUUAUUCACUACCAUAA